CCUGAUCAACUGCUCUGCAACCAACCAUCAAUCUGAAUCCCAAAGGCCUGAGAAAGUCUGUUCUCCAGUACCUGCUGCUGAUCUUCUGCCUCAGCCCCAGCAAGAAGCACCAUGAAAUUAGAAUUCACUGAGAAAAACUACAACAGCUUCGUGCUGCAGAACCUGAACAAACAGAGGAAACGCAAAGAGUACUGGGACAUGGCCCUGACUGUGGACCACCAUGUCUUCUUUGCACAUCGCAACGUGCUGGCAGCUGUCUCUCCACUGGUGAAGAGCCUUAUCUCCAGCAACGACAUGAAGAACACCGAUGAGCUUUUCAUCACCAUUGACCCCAACUACCUGAGUCCAGCCACGGUGGACCAGCUCCUGGACUACUUCUACAGUGGCAAGGUGGUGAUCUCAGAGCAGAAUGUGGAGGAACUCCUUCGUGGGGCCCAGUAUUUCAACACACCACGCCUUAGAAUCCACUGCAAUGACUUCUUGAUUAAGUCCAUCCGCCGUGCUAACUGCUUACGCUACCUCUUCUUGGCCGAGUUGUUUGAACUCAAAGAGGUGUCGGACUUGGCCUACUCCGGCAUUCGGGACAACUUCCACUACUGGGCCAGUCCUGAAGGUUCCAUGCACUUCAUGCGCUGUCCACCUAUCAUCUUUGGCCGCCUGCUCCGAGAUGAAAACUUGCAUGUGCUCAAUGAGGACCAGGCUCUCAGCGCACUCAUCAACUGGGUGUACUUCCGGAAGGAUGAGCGGGAAAAGUAUGUGAAGAAGUUCUUCAGUUACAUCAAUCUUAAUGCUGUCUCCAACAAGACGCUGAUGUUUGCCAGCAACAAGUUGAUGGGCAUAGAGAACAGCUCUGCGCAUGCAGCCCUGAUUGAGAGUGUCCUUGUGGACCGCAAGCAGGAGAAGCCAUCCAGCCUGCUGAGCUACCAGCGGAAAGGGGCCCUGCUUGAUUCAGUGGUCAUCCUAGGUGGCCAGAAGGCCCAUGGCAAGUUCAACGAUGGAGUGUUUGCUUAUAUUAUACAGGAGAACCUGUGGUUGAAGCUCUCAGAGAUGCCCUAUCGGGCUGCAGCACUUAGUGCCACCUCUGCUGGUCGCUACAUCUACAUCUCUGGGGGCACCACUGAGCAGAUUUCAGGGCUGAAGACAGCUUGGCGAUAUGACAUGGAUGACAACUCCUGGACCAAGUUGCCUGACCUGCCAAUUGGGCUUGUCUUCCACACCAUGGUGACCUGCGGAGGGACAGUGUACUCAGUGGGUGGGAGCAUUGCCCCAAGGCGGUAUGUCUCUAACAUCUAUCGCUAUGAUGAGCGCAAGGAGGCCUGGUGCCUGGCAGGGAAGAUGAGCAUCCCUAUGGAUGGCACAGCUGUGAUCACAAAGGGUGACCGGAACCUGUACAUUGUUACGGGACGGUGCUUGGUGAAGGGCUUCAUUUCCCGGGUUGGGGUGGUAGACUGCUUUGACACCAACACUGGGGACGUGGUCCAGUGUAUCACUUUCCCCAUUGAGUUCAACCACAGGCCCCUGCUCUCUUUCCAGCAGGACAACAUCCUUUGUGUGCACAGCCACCGGCAGAGUGUGGAAAUCAACCUGCAGAAGAUAAAGGCCAGCAAGACGACCACUUCAGUGCCUCUCUUGCCCAACAACUGCCCCUUGGAUGUGUCCCAUGCCAUAUGCUCCAUUGGAGACAACAAAGUGUUUGUAUGUGGGGGUGUCACCACAGCUACCGAUGUCCAGACAAAGGACUACACUAUCAAUCCAAAUGCCUACUUGCUGGACCAAAAGACAGGAGAGUGGAAGACCGUGGCCCCCCCACCAGAGGCACUGGACUGUCCUGCCUGCUGUCUAGCCAAGCUACCUUGCAAGAUUCUUCAAAGGAUUUAAACAACUUUUUAAGUGGGAGAAUAAGUAAAUGCAUUAUUAUUCACAAUUUAAUGAGAGAGAGAAAG